GCGGAGAUUUUGGGUUCAAACGUGGGGAUUUUGGGACACGUGAUGCAGAUGCAGAGUUUUGGGUUCAAAUGUGGGGAUUUUGGGACAGACGGCCGCCCCAUUUUGGGGCCAAACCGGGGGAUUUUGGGGCAGAAGGAUGCAAGAAUUUGGGGCCAAACCUCCAAAAUUUGGGACACGCGAUGGGGACGCGGAGUUUUGGGUUCAAAUGUGGGGAUUUUGGGGCCGUAGAAACACGACGUUUUGGGGCCAAAGCUGGGAUUUUGGGACACACAAUGGGGACACGGAGUUUUGGGUUGAAAACAGGGAAUUUGGGGGCAGAACGACGCCGAGAUUUGGGGCCAAACCUCGGGAUUUUGGGACACGGAGAUUUGGGGCCAAACGUGGGGAUUUUGGACAGACGGCCGCCCCAUUUUGGGGCCAAACCGGGGGAUUUUGGGGCAGCUGAGGGCAAAGCAGUGAUUGGGGGCAGAGGGACGCGCAGAUUUGGGGCCAAACUUUGGGAUUUUGGGGCAGAAGGAUGCAAGAAUUUGGGGCAAAACCUCCAAAAUUUGGGACACGUGGAGUUUUGGGGGUCAAACUUUGGGAUUUUGGGGCCGUAGAAACACAACGUUUUGGGGCCCAACUUUGGGAUUUGGGGCCACAGGAAUGCGACGUUUUGGGGCCAAACCGCGGGAUUUCAGCGCAGCGCAGCGGGAUGCGGAGAUUUUGGGUCGAAAUUGCAGGAUUUUGGGGCAGAGCGACGCCAAAUUUUGGGUAAAACCUCCAGAUUUCAUUACGCUUGAUUGGGACGCAGAGUUUUGGGGUAAAAUCCUGGGAUUUUGGGGCAGAAGGAUGCAAGAAUUUGGGGCAAAACCUCCGGAUUUUGGGACAUGCGAUGGAAAUGCGGAGUUUUGGGUCCAAACGCUGGGAUUUGGGGGCAGAAGGACGCAACAUUUUGGGGCAAAACCCGGCAAUUUUGGCUCCAACCCUCGGAAUUUUGGGACGCGGAGUUUCGGGGCCAAAGUUUUGGAUUUGGGGGCAGAACAACCCAACAUUUUGGGGCAAAACGCCGGGAUUUUGGGGCACACUGAGGACGCAGAGUUUUGGGUCGAAACACUGAGAUUUUGGGGGCACAACAUCACAACAUUUUGGGGUAAAACCUCUGGAUUUUGGGACACGCAAUGGAGGACGCGGAGUUUCGGGUCCAAACUUUGGGUUUUUUGGGGCAGAACAACCCAACAUUUUGGGGCAAAACCCGGCGAUUUUGGGUCCGACCCUCAGAACUUUGGGACGCGGAGUUUCGGGUCCAAACUUCAGGAUUUUGGGGCACAACAUCACAACAUUUUGGGGCCAAACCCAGCGAUUUUGGGACACGCGAUGGGGACGCGGAGUUUUGGGUCCAAACUUGGGGAUUUCGGGGCUCAACAUCACAACAUUUUGGGGCAAAACAUCCGGAUUUUGGGACAUGCGAUGGAGACGCGGAGUUUCGGGUCCAAACUUCGAGAUUUGAGGGCAGAAAAACCCGACAUUUUGGGUCCAAACGCCGGGAUUUUGGGACACCCUACAGAGAUGCGGAGUUUUGGGUGCAAACUCCAGGAUUUCGGGGUAGAAGGGCGAAACAUUUUGGGGCAAAACCCGGUGAUUUUGGGUCGGCGAACGUCAGAACUUUGCGACACACGAUGGGGACGCGGAGUUUCGGGCCCAAACGCCAGGAUUUUGAGGCACAACAUCACAGCAUUUUGGGGGUAAAACCUCCGGAUUUUGGGACACGCAAUUUAGGCGCGGAGUUUCGGCUCCAAACUUUGGGAUUUUGGGGCAGAACAACCCAACAUUUUGGGGCCAAACCCGGUGAUUUCAGGUCUGACCCUCAGAACCUUGGGACGCGCUGGGGACGCGGAGUUUCGGCUCCAAACUUUGGGAUUUUGGGGUACAACAUCUCAACAUUGUGGGGCAAAACCCGGCGAUUUUGGGUCCGACCCUCGGAACGCGGAGUUUCAGCUCCAAACUUUGGGAUUUCAGGGCACAACAUCACAACAUUUUGGGGCCAAACGCUGGGAUUUUGGGACACCCUACAGAGACGCGGAGUUUUGGCUCCAAACACCAGGAUUUUGGGGUACAACAUCACAACAUUUUGGGGCCAAACCCGGUGAUUUCAGCUGCAACCCUCGGAACUUUGGGACGCGGAGUUUCAGGUCCAAACUUCAGGAUUUCGGGGCAGAACAACCCAACAUUUUGGGGCCA